ACAUUUGUCGAUACAUGGAUGCUCCAUUCUUCGACACUGGCUUCUUCGCCUCCCUCCCCUUUGCUUGCUUGCUCGCUCCCAUGCCAUUGCUCUCUCACCCAUUCGUCGCAUGCAUUCGGACCAUGUGAAUUCCCCCACCCCUGUACUUAUCCCUGCUCGCACUCAUCAGUUGAUUCCAGAGGGACCGAAAUCGCAAGACACUGGCAGCUGGAAAGAGUCGAUAGUUUUUCUUUCUAAGAUCCGGAGCAGUAGUUGUUUUGUCUAAUUUCUGGAGUUGGGGUUUUGUUGGAUUGCUGGGAUUCGUCUCUUUUGAAGCGAAGGGUAUUAGGGUUGUGGAGUUCAACAGCGGCUGUCGUGGUUUCAGUGCUAUGCGGAGGAAAUUUAUUAGAAUUUGUGUGGAGAUUGCGCCUGAUUACAGCAGUACCACCGUUCAAAGACAUUGUACUGGAGAGCUACGAGUGACAGAUUCAGUGAAGAAGGCUGGAGAGUGAAUUCGAGAGUAGGGAAAGAUGAGCAGGAGGUAGACAGAGGGGAAUGCAGAGGGGGGUUGGUUUGGAAAGCGGAGUGGAGCAGAAUGUCGGAGGUCUUGUUUCUCGCGCUUAGGCGUUGGGGAGCUUCAGCGAAAUCUGACAUUCGUACUCUGACGACAUGCAGAGCGGUAGUCUUGCCUCGAUUUGGAGGCCCCGAGGUUCUUCAAGUGCGGGAUGAUUCCAUACUUCCAGACCUGGGCGCAUCUGAUGUGCUGGUGCGUACACAUGCAGUGGGCGUCAAUCCAUUGGAUAUGCGGAUGAGGGAAGGGUACGGGCGGUCAUUGUUUGAGCCACUUUUGCCACUAGUUCUCGGCCGGGAUGUUAGUGGAGAGGUUACGGCGGUUGGGAGCAAUGUGAGACAGCUUCUUGUAGGGGAUCAGGUGUUUGGAGCAUUACAUCCAACUGCAACACGUGGAACCUACAGUGAUUACGCAAUUCUCGGGGAAGAACAACUGGCCCCGAAGCCUGAGUCACUUUCUCACACUGACGCUGCUGCUAUUCCAUUCGCCUCACUCACCGCCUGGAGAGCUUUAAGAAGCACUGCAAAGAUUCAGAAGGGGCAGAAAGUCCUGAUCAUGGGAGGUGGAGGUGCUGUUGGCCUUGCUGCGAUUGCUUUGGCCAAAGCUGCAGGGUGCUAUGUUGCCUGCACAUGUGGCAAGAGGAGUAUGGAGAAAGUAAAGGAGGCAGGGGCUGAGGAAGCUGUUGAUUACACUUCUCCUAAUGUGAAAGGUGAAUUUCAAGACAGGUUUGAUGUUGUGCUGGACACAAUUGGUGUGCCCGAGACUGAGACCACUGGCAUCAGCCUUCUGCUACGGGGUGGACAGUACAUGACUCUGCAGGGGCAAACAGUAACCUUCACAGAUAAAUAUGGCCUCAUAGUAGGGGGUGCUGCUGCAGCAGUUGCAUUGCUUCAGAAGCAGAUGCAGUACAAACAAUCACAUGGAAUUGACUACUGGUGGCCCAUUAUGCGAACAGAUGCCGAGGGCCUGGAGGAGAUAUGUAGACUGGCAUCAGAUGGGCGACUUAAAAUUCCUGUGGGUCUGACUUUUCCAUUGGAGAUGGCAGCAGAAGCGCAUCGAGCAAGGGAUAGCAAGAAUGCUGGUGGUAAAGUUGUUCUAAAAGUUGAUGUUUAGGUGAACGUGCAGUAUUGAAGUACUAUACAGACAUCAUAUCUAUAGGACUAUGUAGUUUGUUAACCUUCAAUAUGUGAUUCUGCAAUAGAAUGGAACCAUCACUUUAAUGAGUGCCUUCUCUUGAUUUAAAUGGUAUUAUUGAGACUCAGGAUCUGGGGAAAGCCCACGACCUUUCGUAGGUGGUCAUAUAUAAUCUGAGAUGUGGCAGGUGUAGACAGACCGUUGGUGAGACUUGCAUUUAUGUACAAAUUGCAUCUUUUUUUACUUUUUUCAUC